AUGCAGGCAACCAUGACGACAGCCAUGCGCGACAAGAGGAGAGAGUGGCUCAUGAAGCAGGCUUCUUCUGCUUCCAACUUCUCUUCUCUUGGUUCCGUCGCCUCAUCCGACUCAGGAUCUCAGAAUGGCUCCAGCCGAAACCUGCGCGUGAAUAUCUCGCAAGUCAACGAGGAGCUGGGUUACCGUGACAACCGGAUCCGUGCCUUAACGAAUCGGCUUGUUUCUAGUAGAAGCAUGUCUGACAUGCAUGCUAUUGCUGCCAUUGACAUCGAUGCCUCAUCGCAGUGGAGUCAGCUGCAGGAGAAAGGGCUCGACAAACGCGAACAGGAAGACAUUGAGACCGUCCCUCCUGCACUGACACAAAGCUCUGAAGUAAUUGUUUCAAAUGCUUUGGCCCGACGAGGCUCCAUGAACGACUUGUCGACAGCAAGCUACAAGCGUAUCAACCUGAAAAGCGAAUCCAGUGAGCAAUCAAGCACUAAGACGAGAAGGAAGUCGGAAAUAAAUCGAUACCUGAUCAAGACGUACGCUCGUCUCGGUCAGCCAAAGGAGUCUGAAGAGUCCAGGCCAAUACAUUACUUUGUUCCGGAACUCGAGCAGACAAGCACACGAGAGCCUGAGAAGUUUGAGCUGAACAUUGGAUCGGGGUUGUCAAAUCUCUGGGACGACUGCAAGAAAAUGAGCGACUCCUACUUGGGGGGGGCGAUGAAGAAUCUUCAACAAACUUUCGUUCAUUGA